AAGUUGAGCUUGCAGGACCAAUUCAACAGCGUGAGGAGGCAGGAAGAAUCAACGACGGGUAACGAGAAUGGAUAUGUGGAAAAUGGAGCCGAUGACAGAGCACAGAUGGUCAGAACUCACAGUGACGCUGAUAUGUUAACAUCACCCACCAAAGCCAGCCAAGACGAGCCAUCUCCGCGACUUGAUCGAGCCAUGUCAACACCUGGAAUACUGAAGUCUCCACCUCUAGACAUGAAACUACCCCCUGGCACAGCUUCCGGUCUUUCAGCGGGACCGUCAGAGGAACCACGGCCGGUCAACUGGGAUCUAUGGCAGACUGUGGUCUACGAGGGUUCCGUCGCAGUGAAACGAACGAAUGCGGACGAACUGCGCGAGGCAAUCGCUUCUGGCAUUCCAGCACCGAUAAGGGGUGUGGUAUGGCAGGUACUAGCAGACAGCAAGAGCGACGAGCUAGAGACCGUCUAUCGUACUCUGAAAGCUAGAGGCACAAAGGUAGAAGACACAUUGAAGCCGAUGCCUAUGGGUCGAAGCGACUCGCAGCCACUAAUCAACGGAGCAUCUACAGAAGAAGGUCUUGCCUCAUCAAGUGCCAGCAUCCACUCCGAAAAGUCGACACCUGCAACAUCCGCCAUGGCUAGUCCGCCGCUUUCGGUGGAAGGCAACCCGAUCGAUAUGCAGGAGAAAGUGUACGCCGAGAAGCAGAAGCGCGAGACUGCACAGAUGCAGAAGCUUGAGAAGAUGAUUAAGCGCGACAUGGGUGCACGAACUUCCUACAGUAAGUACACUCAAUCGGUGGGCUUGCAAGAUGGGCUGUUUGGCGUGUGCAAAGCGUACGCGCUCUUUGAUGAAGGUGUAGGGUAUGCGCAGGGCAUCAACUUCAUCGCCAUGCCGUUGCUCUUUAACAUGAGUGAGGAGGAAGCAUUCACGCUACUGGUCAAACUGAUGAAUAAGUAUGAUUUGCGGAGCAUGUUCACUCCCGACAUGGCUGGCCUGCAUCUUCGGCUAUAUCAAUUUGAGCGACUGCUAGAGGACAUGGAACCAGCGCUGUACUGUCACCUGCGGAGAAGAAAGGUUGAGCCGGAACUGUACGCCACACAAUGGUUUCUGACGCUGUUUGCGUAUCGAUUCCCGUUGCAGCUUGUACUACGCAUCUACGAUCUGGUGUUGAGCGAAGGCUUGACGGCGAUUAUUAAGUUCGGCCUAGUCCUCAUGCAGCGGAAUCGCCAGGCUCUACUCGAAACGAAGGACAUGAGUCAGCUUAGUUCCUUCUUGAAGGAGAAGUUGUUCGAUGUUUACAUCGAUAAGUCUCCGUCAGCAUCUUCGUUGCUAGAUUCUGGCUUCUUCGGAUCCGUCACCGGCGGCGCAGACAAGGAGCUCUACCGCGCAGAUGAGAUGGUGCGUGAUGCGUGUGAGAUUGCGAUCUCUGAAGAGAUCCUGGCCAAAUAUACUGCAGAAUGGGAGGAGCAGACUCGGACUGAGCGUGAACGGACCGAGGAGCUCGAAACUUUGCGCAGCACCAACCAGACCCUUACCACGCGGGUCAAAGCCUUGGAAGAGCGCACACAACAGCAAGACGCUGAACAUGUGUCCAUCGCUUCCGAGCUCGUCAACCUGAAGCUGCUGAAUGACAGCCUACUCGACGAGAACGAGGGGCUGAAGCUGCAGAUCCAGGAGCUGAAGAAGGUUGUGGAUGCGCAACCGGCAGAGGUAGAGGAGAAGCUCAAGGAGGAGAUGGAGCGAAUCAUGACCCGGAACGUGGAGGUGCAGAAUGAAAACCGUGCCCUGAGGGAGGAGUGCGAAGAUAUGGAGAGGGAGUUAGUUGGGGCGAAGAUGGCGCAUGCGCAGGUGAGUCCGGAUCACGAUGCGCUACAGCAGCGCUUUGCAACCAUCCAGGCGGCUAUUAAUGGAUAG